AUGUCUUCAGAACGCGCUGAAGACGCGAGUCAGCAGCCUCUUCUGGCUGAGCAUCGGCAAGCAGAUCACGAUGCAGCCGCGUCGCGGGGUACUUUUACGCGUAACCUCGGCGCCGUCGAAGCGUUCGGUAUAGUCGUCAGCAUCGUCAUCGGAAGUGGAGUUUUUACUUCUCCAGGCUCGAUCGACACGAAUGUUCCGUCGCCCGGAUUGGCGUUGGUUAUUUGGUUGAUUGGCGGUGUUUUGGCUUGGACGGGUGCCACGACGUUUGCCGAGCUUGGCACAGCUAUCCCUGGCGAGGGCGGCGUUCAGCCAUAUCUUCAGCAUAUAUAUGGUGAUGUCUGGGGCUUCCUUGCAGCGUGGACGUGGAUCGUCACCGUCAUGCCAGCAACGCUAGCGAUCCUCUCCAUCGUCUUUGUCGAAAGUGCCUACUCAGCCGCAGGCGUGAUAAACGAGGACCACCGCAUAUCGCAUAAGCUUCUCUCAAUCCUGGUCCUCAUCAUCAUGAGUGUCGCAAACUCUAUCAGCACGAAAGCAAGUACUCGCCUCAACGGCUUCUUCGUGGUUCUCAAGUUUGUGAGUAUUCUUGUUGUCGUCAUGGCUGCGCUAGCUGUUGUUGGUGUCCAUGCUACGCAUCCUGAUAAGGAAGUUGGGGGCGGUGAUUGGUUCAAGAAGAAUUGGUUCGAGUACAGAGAUACGUAUAAUCCGAAUGGACCAGAUACAGAUUGGAGCAAGUUAAGUCAGUGGGAGAUCUUCGGACAUUACUCUGCUGCGCUUUAUGCGGCUCUUUGGGCUUACUCUGGUUGGGACAAGGCUAUCUAUGUUUCCGCUGAGCUUUCACAACCUGCAAAGCAACUCCCUCUGGCUAUCAACACCUCAAUUCCAACAGCGAUCAUCUGCUUCCUUGCCGCCAACGCUGGAUACUACGUUCUACUCCCAUGGGACGUCGUUAGCACUACUGAUAGCGUUGCUGUCACUGCUCUCACCCGUCUUCUAGGCCGAGGCUUUGGUAUCGUCACGGCUGUCCUCAUCUGUCUGGUCGUUGCAGGUUCUCUACUUGGCAACUCAUUCGUCGCAAGCCGUAUGUGCGUGGCUGCCGCAAGAAAGGCGUGGAUUCCCAGUCUUUUCACCAUCGUUGGCCGAAUCGGCGUGAAGCCUAAUGCCCAAGAAACUGUGGAAUCUGAAGAUGAGUCUACUAAAGAAGCUGGAGACGCGCCUAUCAAUGCCGUCAUACUUUCAGUUAUCCUUGCAUCAUUUUAUAUUCUCUUUGGAAGCUUUAGAGCUCUUUUGACCCUGAACGGACUAGGAGAGUACUCUUUCUUCUUCCUCACCGUUCUAGGCGCUAUUAUCCUACGAUAUCGCGAACUUGAUCUAGAGCGUCCUUACAAGACCUUUUCAAUCAACCCAGUAGUGUUUGUGUUGGUCAGUGGAUUUGUGGUUGUCCGAGGCGCCAUCUUUGCGCCUGUCCAGGCCGUUGUCAUCCUUGUCAUCUGGGCUGUCGGUAUUGCCUUUUAUAAGGUGCGACAGUACUUGGCCAGGCGUUAG